AUGAUCCGUCGGACAGGCUGUUUUCAUUACUGUUUGCGUCAUGCCGGGGUGCGCCGGACGGCGAUGGGACUUCCCACCUCGACCGCCGCUCUUCCCGGGCUUUCGGCGUGGCUCGGGUGCGGGGGAAGGGGGGGGCCCUUGUCCACCCCGUCGUACUUCGCGAUUGCGUCCUCGCGUCGGCUGGAAAGCGGGGUCUCCCCUACCGAAAGCAGCCCGGUGAUGAUGCGGGACAAGGACGCCAAGCCCUCCAGCCUGACCCAAGAGGCCGUGUGGGCCCUGUGGAACGAAGGCAACCUCUUCUCCCUCCCAGUCGCGCACAUGCAGCACUUCCUGCAAACGGCCGGAAUUACAACCGGCCCAGGGGACACCAAGGCCAACCUGGUGCGCCGCAUUGAGGAGUAUUUGCACGCCAAGGAAAGCGCUACGACGACGGCCACCCCUUCCCAUCCGCCGCGGGGGGGGGGCUACGGGCAGCCCCACGACCCCACCACCUUGCCGCCCGAGACGCUCCUGGACUUGGCCCAGUCGGGGUUUUACGAGGGCACGGCUAAUAUGGCCCCAAAGGCCUUUCAGCUUCUCACGCAGGGGACCUCGGCGGAUAUGGUGAUUUCCCGCGUGAACACCACCUCCUUUCCGGGGUUCCCGUCGAACACGGAAUGCUAUACCUUGACGUCCACCGACCCCAACUCAGCGCUGCGUGCACGCUUCAGUAAGGUUUUUCAGUGGUGCCUACUGAACAUGUGCAACCUUCAAAUGGAUGGCGAGCUAUCGGUGUCUUUAGGUAAACUUUUGAUGGAUUCAAAGGCAAUGAAUCGCGGUGAGUCUAUCGUCUCCGCCUACACCAUGCAACAGCGUAUGCAGCUCAAUAAGAUGUACACGUGGGUGACGGCAACCCCAGAGUCGGCUAUCGCUACCGUGGAAACCUUUCUCAAGGAUCAAGGCUUUUUCCAAGUCGGGGAGGAGCGUCGUAAGGAAAGUACUCCCCCGCUUUCAUAUGAAGUGAUGAUCAAACGCGCAAAGGAUAAACUGCAUGUCGAUUUGGAUGCGACAGGACGGCUAUCAGCCCUUCACAAUGAAUGGGUGGAUAUUCAAACCGUUCAUCAUACGCGACCGCGCGGUCCGGAUGUGCGGCUGCUGCUCCGCUCUCGACCACCCAUAAGCCGUGCAACAAUUGAAACCUAUCAAUCAUUUCCCAUUAUUGAUCUCUCGAACGACGAUGUCAACGAUGUGCUACCGUCAGAGCAUGGCCAGAUAAUUUACCUGUCGGAAAAUGAAACACGUCGUUUUGAACGUGUGAACGAACGUGGGAUCGUCAUAACAGUGUUAGAAGUAAAGCGGGAGCCUUUGAUUGUGCUUCGUGACGAGGAGGAAGAUCUUCGAAUAGAGUAUACGAUUUCUGUGGUGAUUCCCGCGAGCGCCGGUGGGAGAACCAUGGACGUUCGUGCAGUAGGGUUGGAAGUAUUUGAGUUGGCCAGUUCCUUAGCCGAGGUGAUUGAAACACCUUUUGUGGAGGCUUAUGGAUGCACCGAAGCCUAA